GUGAGCGGGGAGCUUUCUCGCUGGCAGCCAGGGCCUCGGGCAGUUGGAGCCGCGGCUGAGUAGCCAGUCGCUCAGAAAGAGCUCGCCGCUGCCGCCCCGGAGCCGCCGAGGCCAGCUUCGCGGCGCUGCCCCGCGGCGGGAGAGGGAGGCUGCAGGAGAGCGGAGGCGGCUAGCGGGCGCGGCGGCCGGCAGCCUGCUGCAGGGCUCGGGCGCGCACACUCAAGCGGCCCGGGAGCCACGCGAGCUCCGCGCCCGCACGCGCCGGCUGCGGCUCGCGCCUCGCUGUGCCUCCGGGCGCCGGGCCUCUCCGCCCUUCCGCAGGCUCGCCGGGGCCCGCGGCCAGAGGAGCAGCAUGAAUCUGCGGCUCUGCGUGCAGGCGCUCCUGCUGCUCUGGCUCUCCUUGACCGCGGUGUGUGGAGGGCCCCUGAUGCAGCCUCCUGAGGGGAAGGGGCUGGAGGAAGGCAAAGUCCGCCACCUGGUGCAGCCCAGAGCCUCAAGGAAUGGACCAGGGCCUUGGCAGGGAGGUCGGAGGAAAUUCCGCCGCCAGCGGCCACGCCUCUCCCAUAAGGGCCCCAUGCCUUUCUGAAGCAGGACUGAAGGGGCCCCUGAGUGCCCACGCACUGCAGCUCUCUGUGCUCCAUGCCUUGGUCUGCUUCUCCGGAGCCCUCAUAUCCAUUCAGCUUUCGUCUCACACCUGUUCUAGCUGCUGAUGGUCCCAGCUCUUCUCACCCACCAGCUCCCCAAAUGGCGCCCACAAUUCCCUUUCCCCAGGAUCCAUCCAGCCCAUCUUCUUGGCCCCUCCCGGAUUGACCCGGGAGACCCAGCCCUGGAAGCCCUUCCUUCUCCUCCUCCGCCCUGCGCUCUAGUCCCUGCCUCUCCCAUCUAACUCCCCAACCUUGUGUGUUCCCCCCGGGGCCAGGUGGAAAUGCUCUGGUCCUCAGUGGUCAGUGGGCUCUAGCAGCCCAUGUUUUCUUGUCAGCUGGACCUCUGGCCCGGCUUCCAGAGAAGAAUACAGACAUGCGCAGUGACAGGCGCUCUAGCUGGAGGGGUUGGGUGCUGGGAUCCAGGUGCACUGAAAUGGGGGGAGGGCGGAGGGGCGGCACCCUGGAGAAGGGGGUGGAAGCACUUCUUCCUCCUCCUGGUGUUUGAGCUCAGCUAAGGAGGAGGUGAAGGAAAGGGGCCCAUGAAGUACUUUGUCACUUGUCUCACCUCCUGUGCCUCCUAACACUCCCUAUCCGCCCCCUCCCCCCAAGCCAAGUCAAGCUCUAGGUCAGGAGGGGAGGGUGCCAGGCCCGACACAGCUCUAUACCCUCCCAGGAGUAAAAACCAAACAGGAAAGUUGUUGAUGCCAAGAAUGACAGAAUAUCAGAGCCCAAAGGACCCUAGGAGAUCAGCCACCUUAUGCAAACGCCUGCAAAAACAGGCCUGGAGAGGGGAGUGACCUGCUCAGGGUUAUUGCAGAACCAGGAUGGGGACGGAGUCUCCCAGCUUUAUGAUGUCCUCUCCACUCUCGAUGAUGUCUUUUCAAAACAAAUGAAGUGCCUUUUCCUGAGGUUGGGGCUGGGGGCGGCUGGGAUGGGGAGAGAGAGGCAAGCUGGCUGUGAACUGCCCUGUUGUGGGGGACGGAGCUGCUCCCACCUCCCUCGCCUUCCCCAGCUGGGCCAAAAGCUUCCAGAAUUGGCCAGCUGCCCCCAUUCGGGCAGCAUUCCCAGCCUGGGGUACUGUAAUAGGGGCCGCUCAAGCACUGAGACUAUCAUUCAAACCCCAACAGUGUUUUUCUGUGAGCCAAAGGUAGCCUUAACUCUUGAGGUCAAUAGCCUUCCCUUCCUGUUAACUGGACCUUCUUCCCUGUGGUCUUUCCUUGGGGGAGGGAGGGGGCAGAUAGCGGAGAAGAGGGAAGGAAAGGAAAGGAAGGGAAGGAAGGAGGAAAAGAUGGGAGGAAGCGCAGGUGGGAUAGCCCCCCAGGAGACCCCAGCUUCCAUGAGGGGCCUACAGCAGCCCUUCCCUGCAUGGGGGCUCUGUCACUCACCUUUCUCCUGAGCAGGUUUCCUUCUUAGAGGCCUCCCAGGAGGCAGAAAAGAGAAUACAAGAGCCUGAUGCCCCGCUAUGUAUGUGUGGGGGCAGGGGGAGUGAGGGUCCCCCAAGUCCCACAGUAACCCCAAUGUCUACCUGUCCUCCUCCCCUGAGUCCUUUCCCUCUGCUGCUGCUAACACUGCUGCUG